AUGUAUUACCAUCUGCGAAGUCAUCAACAAAGAAGUCUACUGAACAGCUGACAAACGCGGCCCCAGUAACCACUCCACCCGUAAUACGAAAAAGCACCGAUGCAGAAUUAGGAAAACAGAAACAGCUACAAAUACAACAACAAUCCUUUUCUUCACAAAACGAGCAACAUAAAAAAGAUAAAACACAGCAACAAAUAGAUAUAUCAAAAGACCCCGCAUCAAAUAGUUCUAAACCGCAGACGCCUAAAUACCCAACUAAGCAACCAACAAUCCCUGACUUUGAUCAAGUCUUAUCUGCACUAAGUGACGGAUCGUUCACGUUUGCUUUAAAUAAUGGAACAUUGGACGAAACCGUAACAGAUAUAAAAGAAAAAGAUGAAGAUACUGCGCUUUCUACUUCAGAAACCGGAGGCUCAAGGAUAGUGUCACCCCCGCCAGGCGUUGGGUUUUGUAGAACUGAUAUAGUUGGAAGUGCAAUUAACAAUGUACCUGAUGCCGAAUAUACUCAACCGGCAUUAACUCCGUAUCGAGGACUAUUUAAUCCAUUUGCGUCCGAAGAAGAUAAACGAUUUGAUCCAUUUGCUGCUAAUAAUACACAAACACAGAUAGCAUUACCAACAGACUCCACAUCUAAUCAUAAUAAUAUAUUAGGAUCACCAUCUACGCAAUCAAUGACCAA